CGGUUUCCCUUUGAGCCGGAACAAGAUGACUGGGUUGACCGCCAGGAGACAGCUGAGCGGACCAAUCGGCUGCUUAGGAUGAGACGUUGACGUUUGAAAUGAGCCAAUGGAAAGCCUCCACAGGGGGCUUCCUCUCCGCCUCCUUCGCCCAGCCCUCGAGUGCUCUGAGGCAAGGCAAGGCGGCGGCGCGGCGGCGAGCGGCGGAGACGUUACCUUUGAAGGGAGCCCAAGAUGACCGGUUCUAACGAGUUCAAGCUGAACCAGCCACCCGAGGAUGGCAUCUCCUCGGUGAAGUUCAGCCCCAACACCUCCCAGUUCCUGCUGGUCUCCUCCUGGGACACGUCCGUGCGCCUCUACGAUGUGCCGGCCAACUCCAUGCGGCUCAAGUACCAGCACACCGGCGCCGUCCUGGACUGUGCGUUCUACGAUCCAACACAUGCCUGGAGUGGAGGAUUAGAUCAUCAAUUGAAAAUGCAUGAUUUGAACACUGAUCAAGAAAAUCUUGUUGGAACCCAUGAUGCCCCUAUCAGAUGUGUCGAAUACUGUCCGGAAGUGAAUGUGAUGGUUACUGGAAGUUGGGAUCAGACAGUUAAAUUGUGGGAUCCCAGAACUCCUUGUAAUGCCGGGACCUUCUCUCAGCCUGAAAAGGUGUAUACCCUUUCAGUGUCUGGUGACCGGCUGAUUGUGGGAACAGCAGGCCGCAGAGUGUUGGUGUGGGAUUUACGGAACAUGGGCUACGUGCAGCAGCGCAGGGAGUCCAGCUUGAAAUACCAGACUCGCUGCAUAAGAGCGUUUCCAAACAAGCAGGGUUAUGUAUUAAGCUCUAUUGAAGGCCGAGUGGCAGUUGAGUACUUGGACCCAAGCCCUGAGGUACAGAAGAAGAAGUAUGCCUUCAAAUGUCACAGACUGAAAGAAAAUAAUAUUGAGCAGAUUUACCCGGUGAAUGCCAUUUCCUUUCACAAUAUCCACAAUACAUUUGCCACAGGUGGUUCUGAUGGAUUUGUAAAUAUUUGGGAUCCGUUUAACAAAAAGCGACUGUGCCAGUUCCAUCGGUACCCCACCAGCAUCGCAUCACUUGCCUUCAGUAAUGAUGGGACUACCCUUGCAAUAGCAUCAUCAUAUAUGUAUGAAAUGGAUGACACAGAACAUCCUGAAGAUGGUAUCUUUAUUCGCCAAGUGACAGAUGCAGAAACAAAACCCAAGUCACCAUGUACUUGACAAGAUUUCAUUUACUUAAGUGCCAUGUUGAUGAUAAUAAAACAAUUCGUACUCCCCAAUGGUGGAUUUAUUACUUUUAACAAAGAAACCAGGGAAAAAUAUUAAUUUUAAUAUUAUAAGAACCUGAAAAUAAUGGAAAAGAGGUUUUUAUUGAUUUUUUUUUUUUAAUAAACAUUUUCUUAAGUGCAUGAGAUGGUUUGAUGGUUUGCUGCAUUAAAGGUAUUUGGGCAAACAAAACUGGAGGGCAGGUGACUACACUUUUGAGAAUCAGUUUUGACCUUUAUGAUUUUUGUUUCCACUGUGGAAAUACACGUUUGUAAAUAAAUAUAGAUAAUAAAAAUCCCUUUGCAUUCUUUCUGGACCUUAAAUGGUAGAGGAAAAGGCUCUUGAGCCAUUUGUUUCUUUGCUGGUUAUAGUUGCUAAUUCUAAAGCUGCUUCAGACUGCCUCAUGAGGAGGUUAAUCUACAAUUAAACAAUAUUUCCUCUUGGCCGUCCAUUAUUUUCUGAAGCAGAUGGUUCAUCAUUUCCUGGGCUGUUAAACAAAGCGAGGUUAAGGUUAGACUCUUGGGAAUCAGCUAGUUUUCAAUCUUAUUAGGGUGCAGAAGGAAAACUAAUAAGAAAACCUCCUAACAUCAUUUUGUGACUGUAAACAAUUAUUUAUUAGCAAACAAUUGAUCCCAGAAGAGCAAAUUGUUUGAGUCAGUAAUGAACUGAGAAAAGACAGAGCAUAUCUGUGUAUUUGGAAAAAUAAUUGUAACGUAAUUGCAGUACAUUUAGACAGGCAUCUAUUUGGACCUGUUUCUAUCUCUAAAUGAAUUUUUGGAAACAUUAAUGAGGUUUACAUAUUUCUCUGACAUUUAUAUAGUUUUCAUGUCCAUUUCAGUUGUCCAGCCGCUGGUGAUUAAGGUUAAGAAGAAAAAAAUUAUUGUGAGGAUGAUAUUCAUUUCAAUGUAAUGCCUUAAAGCAGAACACGAACUUAGCUUGGCUUAUUCUAGGUAGUUUCAAAUAGUAUUUUUGUUGUCAAACUUACUAGUUUUAGUUUAUGUUAUUUGAAAAUGUAUGUCUGAAUAGGACUUGGACCUUUACUGAAAUUUAUUUUAUCCAUGAUGUAUUUUUAAAAAAUUCUUUUGGUACAGAGAAGGGUGUUGUUUUUAUUUUUUAAGUAUUUCAGUGAAAACUUAGUUUAAGUCUGAACCUAUCUUUUGAAAUGUAUUUUCUUCAUUGCAGGUCCACGUAAUCAUCUCCUGAAAGUGGUUUCUCUAUGGAAAGCUUUGUUUGCUUCCUACAAAUACAUGCUUAACCCCUAAGGGAUGUGUUAUAAUCAUUGUGUAUAUGUUAUUUAGUAUGUGGAUUUCUCUGUUUUCUGUUUUAUGAGAAACACGUCUGUGUACCCUUUAAUAUUUUGUUUAGGAUGAGGAGUCCUUGUGUCCUGUGCAGUAGUCUGAAGAAUUUUCCCUCCCUCCCCCAAGCAAGCCUAGUUGCUGUUUAUGAGCAGUUUGAGCUCUUUUUGUAACAUCUAAAUCUGCUAUUUCUGUGCUGUCUAAUAAAUCAGAUUCAGAACCUUACAUGUUGGAUGUUUUUAAAUGUUGAUAAUUAGUGUAAUUUACUACUUAGAAAGGCUUCUGUUAAACAAAAAAUUCUUCAUCAGGGGCAUGUUGAAGAUGACAUUUGUCCUUUAAGUCCACUCUGCCUUGUUUAAUUGUGUCUCUGAUGUACGUUGGGGAUUCAGUUCUGGAUAAAGUGAUCUGUUGGAGUUCAGCCAUUUCCCUCGUGCCCCUCAAUGGCUCAGCAGGGCCCUUGAGCCAACUGUGCAGCUUCAUUCAGGACGGGCACAGACUGAAUGACAGCCUGUGAGCUCCUUUUGGCAUGGUGCUCUCCUAGUGGUGCCAGUGCAGUAAAGCUCAUGUAGCUCAUACGUCCCUGUGCUGAUGAAAUCAUCGUCCACGCACAGAGAGCCAAAUGACAGACCCUUCUGUACUUAUCCAUAACAUGCUAAAUCAAAGUGAAGCCCUUGAGAUGGUAAAUAAUGUAAUAGUCAGGGACUAACUGAUGAUAUCGGUUCUUUAGUGUGAUUAUGUGCUUUUAAAAGUCUUAACCAUUUGGUUGAGGACAGCAUAAAUUUAAAACAUUGUAUAACUGAAAUAAUAUAGUAUUAUUAAAGGUGACCAAAUUAAA